AUGACACAAAAACCCACAAGUCUGCACAAGUUUGUAGGAAAGGCCCCCUUGGCUGAUCUGGGUGUGGGCAUGCUGUUUUAUCCCCCAGUUUCAGGGUCUUCCAACUUCAAGCACAGAGGCGCCCUGGAGAUAACACAGGUGCCCGCGUUCUCUGAUUUAGAGUCCCCUGGAGGAAGAGGGCGCCUGGGUUUGGUGUCGCUCUGCUGCAGCUGUGCUGAGACCACGUGCCCGAGUAAAUGUCUGGUCAGUCAGCAUGAUGCCUGCGGCUGUGUGACAGAUCCCCGAGCCUUGUUUCUCCAGUUCUGA